UUGUCAAAAAAAAGAGCUAAAAACUACAACUACCAGACAGCCAGCACGCCUCGUUCCUGACUACGUCAUCAAAUCGCGCCGAAAUCAAGCACAUCGAGAAACGUAAACAGGAGCAGAAACAACGUUAGAAAGGAGUUUGGUGAGAAUUUAAAGGUGAUGAGCAGCCCCAUGGCCUCUAGCUCCAAAGAGCGUCCAGCCAACAGAACCAGCUUCAUCCCCGAGCUUCAGAGCAUGAUGUUUGCUCUAGGCGAUGCUCGCAGGCCUCUGCAGGAGACGGCCGCUCUGGUGGAGGACAUCGUGCACACACAGCUCAUUACUAUGCUGCACCAGGCCUGUGAGGGAGCGUGUCUCCGGGGGUCGAGGGUCAUUUCAGCCGAGGACAUUCUGUUCCUGACGAGGAGGGACAAGAGGAAGGUUUGGCGCUUAUUAAAAUAUCUGCAGUUCAGAGAUUAUAAAUCCAAGCUGCUCAAAUCUCUGGAGGACGAGGAGCCGCAGCAGGAAGCAGGCGGUGCUGGUGGUACUGGUGGUGGGGGUGGCCCUAACCAGCGGAGGCAGCGAUUGGCUCAGGACUUCCUGAUGUGGAUGGAUCAGACCGGAGAGCUCCUCUCAUUGUCCGAUCGGCAGGAAGUAGAUCCCGUCAAACAGGAGCGCUUGGAGCGCUUGGAGCGUCAGACUCGCACGAUGGACCCGGCUCAGUACUCUGAGUUCUGCGAGAGCCGACAGCUCAGCUUUGCUAAGAAGGCGUCCAAGUUUCGGGACUGGCUGGACUGCAGCAGCCUGGAGCUGAAACCCAACAGCGUCUCCAUGGAGAUGCUGUCCUACCUGGCCUUCGAGACGGUGGCACAGAUCGUGGAUUUGUCUCUGCUGGUGAAGCAAGAAAUGACCCCCAAAACAAAUCCCAUCAGUCACGUGAUCUCAUCCAGCUACAUCCAGUACAACACACACCCCGAGGUGAAGAAGGAUCCAGACUCACCCGAGGCCACGCCCCCUUCCACUCCAGGCUCCUCCUCCCACUCCUCUAAGCCCCUCCCCCAGGGUAACGGCAGCCUGGACGGCCGGGCCAGGCAGAGGAAACGCAAAAAGAGUUGUCCGGCUGCUGUGGAGCCUCCGAGUGGAGCCAUCCAGCCCUGUCACGUCAGAGAGGCUAUCAGGAGAUACAGCUACAGACACACAAGUCCGUACUGGAGGAGUGGGAUGGCCUUCCUCGCCUGCUGAAGACUCCUCGCUCUUGCAGAAACCUGCAGCAUCGUUUGUAUUUCUGUUCCAUUGUUGUAAUAAAGACUUUUCAGUAAA